AUGCAUUUGCUUUGCUUAAAUGCUAAUACUUGCGGUCCUUUAAAUAUCGCGAGUAUCGUUAAUACUUUUAAUACCUUCAAUAUCAAGCGUAUCGCCUUCCUGUUACGUAACGCGCGUUACCGUGCCGGCGCGGAUUUCGCGGGCGUUUAUAAUGUUAAUUGGAAAAAGUUAAAUAAAUGUAACGCAAAGCGGGAGAAAAAUUAA